ACCAGACCGACCAGCCGGGCUUGAGGCUGUGGACCUGGGUGGGGCUUGAGAGGAGGAACCAGACCGACCAGCCUGAAGAUGAAUGAUGUUCCACAGUGUAGACGUAGUGUCGAUGUUAGCGUAUCCCUCUCCCAGCGGCCGGAUCCAUAGCAGGAGCCUACCGGGGCAGAAAGACCUUCAAUAAACUGGACCAGAUUAUUCUUCAGAUUUACACACUCAACAAUGCAAUUGACCGUGUGCGAGCCCGCUGGUACGUCCUCGGCUGCGGCCAUGGACCCCGCCCAGCAGGCCGGCCCCCAGCAGGCCGGCCCCCAGCAGGGCUCCUGUAAGGCCCCGGAGUCUGGGGCUUCUCUGGACGACCUCACAACAGACACCAACAAUGAAUCCUCUGAGGAGGAAUCGGCAGGAGACGGGGAAGAACAGAUCAGAGAUGGUAAAGACAUCGUCAUCACCACCUCCAACACAGAAAGAGCGACCACGCGGCGCCCGGACUCCCUCUCGGUGGUGGCGGCGGGAGGCUCCGCCCUCUGGACCUGCCAGCGUGACGGCGAGGUGACGCUGAGGACGGGCGAGUCCGGCAUGGCCGCCGAGACGCCGCUCACCGUCAACCAGAUGUUCGCCGCCUCCGUGGAGCGUUUCCCCGACCUCAUGGCGCUCAGCUGGAAGGAGGGCGAGCAGCGGCAGAGCCUCACCUGGAGGGAGUACUACCAGAGCUGCCGCACGGCCGCACGGGCCUUCCUCAAGCUUGGCCUGGAGCGUUACCACGGCGUUGGCAUCCUGGGCUUCAACUCCGCUGAGUGGUUCAUCGCUGACAUCGGGGCCAUUUUGGCAGGUGGCUUCGGCGUUGGCAUCUACACCACCAACUCGGCCGAGGCCUGCCAGUACGUGGCGGACAACUGCAAGGCCAACGUCAUCGUGGUGGAGAACAACAAACAGCUGCAGAAGAUCUUACAGGUCCAGGAUCAGCUGCCCCACCUUAAGGCCAUCGUCCAAUACAAAGACGAGCUCAAGGAGAAGAGGCCAAACGUGUACACGUGGGCAGAGUUCAUGGCCCUGGGCCGCGAUGAGCCCGACACUCUGCUAGACAGCAUCAUCUCCAGUCAGAAGCCCAACCAGUGCUGCACCCUCAUCUACACCUCGGGAACCACGGGCCAGCCCAAAGGAGUCAUGCUGAGCCACGAUAACCUCACCUGGACGGCGGGUGCCACCUGCCGCCACGUGGGCCUGACGGACGCCACCCAGUCCCAGGAGGUGGUGGUCAGCUACCUGCCCCUCAGCCACAUCGCCGCCCAGAUGGUGGACAUCUGGGUCACCAUGAAGGUGGGCGGGGCCACCUACUUCGCCCAGCCAGAUGCCCUGAAGGGCUCGCUGGUGCUCACCCUGAAGGAGGUGCGACCCACGGCCUUCAUGGGCGUGCCGCGCGUCUGGGAGAAGAUGCAGGAGAAGAUGAAGUCGGUCGGGGCCAAGUCGUCCACCCUGACGCGGAAGGUCGCGUCCUGGGCCAAGGAGGUGGGCCUGCAGACCAACCUCAGCAAGAUGAACCAGACUGGAGCAGCCGGGCGUUCUCCACUCAACUACCGGCUGGCCAAGAAGCUGGUGUUCAAGAAGGUGCGCAAGGCGCUGGGCCUGGACCGCUGCCUGCGCUGCUACACGGGGGCGGCGCCCAUCACCAAGGACACGCUGCACUUCUUCCUCAGCCUGGACGUGCCGCUCUACGAGCUGUACGGCAUGAGCGAGAGCUCGGGCCCACACACCAUCUCUCUGCCCGACGCCUUCCGGCUCACCAGCUGUGGGAAGGAGAUUGAAGGCUGCAAAACGAAGAUCCACAACCCGGACUUGGAGGGCAUCGGGGAGAUCUGCUUCUGGGGGCGCCACCUGUUCAUGGGGUACCUGAACCAGUACGAGCGCACCGAGGAGGCGCUGGACGCAGAGGGCUGGCUGCACUCGGGCGACCUGGGGAAGCACGACGACAACGACUUCCUCUACAUUACCGGGCGCAUCAAAGAGCUCAUCAUCACGGCCGGAGGGGAGAACAUCCCCCCGGUUCCCAUCGAGGAUGCGGUGAAGGAGAUGGUGCCGCUGGUCAGCAACGCAAUGCUGAUCGGAGACAAGAGGAAGUUCCUGUCCAUGCUGCUCACCGUCAAGGGCCAGCUGAACGAGGAGACGGGCGUGCCGACCGACGAGCUGACGGCGGAGGCCGUGGAGGUGUGUCAGCGGCUGGGCAGCUCCGCCACGCGGGUGUCCGAGGUGUGCGGCGGGCGCGACCGCGCCGUGCACGCCGCCAUUCAGGAGGGCAUCAACCGUGUCAACGAGCGCGCCGCCUCCAACGCCCAGCGGGUCCAGAAGUGGGUGGUGCUCGACCGAGACUUCUCCAUCAUCGGGGGCGAGCUCGGCCCUACGAUGAAGCUGAGGAGGCCAGUGGUGAUGAAGAUGUAUAUGGAACAGAUUGACAGUUUCUACAAAGAGGUGGCGACACCCAGCACCCCCGACAACCCCCUGUCAAAAUAAGAGCCCCCCGUCACAGCCCACCAGCCCAAAGAGGGAGCCAGAGGCCACAGAAGGUGGAUUCUUCUUAGCAGCCCCCCCCCCCCCCCCCCCCACCCGGAAGGUUAUGAAGGAAAGGUCCACAAGCCAUAAAACCUAUGGGAUCUUUGUUGUUGCUUUGUUUUUGUGUUUAUUUUAAGUUAUCCAUAAGCUGAGGACAACUAUUUAUUUAUUAUUGUGGGGCGGUAAUAUCCUAUCGAUGAAGUAGUCACAGCUGUAUGUAAGAAUAUACAUUGUUUACUUUACUGUAACACUUGAUUUGCUUGAGUAUCCAAAAAAAGAAAAGUCUUGGUUUUUUGUCCUUCAAAGCUUUACUCGCCAAAGUCCAAAACAAUCUUACAGAGGCCAAAUAUGCUGAUGCAAAAGAUACCAUUAAAAACCUAUUGAACAAAAGUAAAUUGACAAAUGUUUACAUGUUUAGUGUUAACUGGCCUUAAGCAGGAAGAGGGCGUUGUGAUACAGCACUGAGGAGAUAUAUCGUUGUUCUAUUUAUUGCUUCUGUCUUACUGUCGUCCUCAAGGCUCUGAAGAAGCAGAUCCAUGAAGUCUGUCCGUCAGGGAAUCAGUAACGGUUUGGCCAAUUCAGGACGUUUAACAAUGUAACUGUUGGCAUUCAGACUAUACCCUUAUAGUAAACCAUUGAGGCUACACACACACACACACAGUACAGUCAGAACCAGCCAGCAGCCUGUGUCUUAUGUUUCAGAUAUGGGAUGUGUGUAUGCUUAUUUUCUGCACAUUGAUAUUCCAACCCUAUGGUGUGUGGUGUUCGAAAAGUCAUUUUAAUGAUUAUCAUUCUGUGUAAAAAAUUACUGUGAUUUUGUUAGAUAUUGUAUAUAUGUUUUUUGUCUACAUACUCAGCCUUUUCUCAUGUUCUUGUUAAUUUGAUUGGGUUCAUGUGGAGUGAUCAUCAGCUUUAUGUUCCAGACCUGAUGCUCUGAAUCCUUUUAUGGUGCACAUAAGAAUAUUUAACUAAAACUGCGCAUUUGCGAUUCCUUGCUAAUGGCGCUAUACAUGGCUUUACUUUCUUUGUUAAUUCUUCCAAUUGGAAGCCAACUAGACUUGGAAACGACUACAAAAGUCCUAUAGAAAUAGUGCCGUUAUUUAUUCUGAGCUUGGCCACAUGAAGGCCGGAGCAGCUAGUCUAGCGAGGAGGAGACCCAGAAGGUAUGAGCCCCAGAGGGUAUGACGGCGACCCAAGCCGCAGGUAGUUAACUCUACGUCGGGCUCCAAACAUAUUGGACUCAUGGAGCUGGUUCAGCCCGAUCCUCUGGCAUUCUCAGAUCAGAACGUGCUUGUAGAUCUAUACCUGCUGCUCAGCUUGAAGAAACAUGCUGUAUGUGAACAAUGUAUAGCCGUACGCUAUAUAUAUAUAUAUAUAUAUAUUAAACGCAUCUCUCACCUAUGGACUGCUGUUGAUUCAUGUCUU